CCGCCCUUCGGCGGCGCAAGCCGGGGGCCGGCGCUGAGCACGCGUGGCUGCCUGUGGGGCCGGGGCCCGGCGCAUGGAGGCGAUGCCGUGCCGCAACCAGCGCCUCGGCCCCGCGCCCGGCCCGCAGGACGAGCAGCAGCCGCCGGUGGUGUUGGCGGCGGCGGCGGCGGGCGGCGGCUGCUCGCGGUUGAUCCGCUUCGCGGAGCCCGAUGAGGGCGGCGAGAGCAGCCCCAGCCCGGAUAGCAGCAGCAGCAAUAAUAACGGGGGGGUGCUGGUGGAAGUUCGCAGCCCCGCGGCGGAGAUCGGGGCUCAGCUGAAGCUGCUGCCGAUGAACGACCAGAUCCGGGAGCUGCAGACCAUCAUCAGGGACAAGACAGCCAGUAGAGGAGACUUCGUAUUUUCUGCUGAUCGUCUGAUCAGACUUGUGGUUGAAGAGGGACUGAAUCAACUGCCGUACACGGAAUGCACGGUGACCACUCCAACAGGAUACAAGUACGAAGGAGUGAAAUUUGAAAAGGGAAACUGCGGAGUCAGCAUCAUGAGAAGCGGCGAAGCAAUGGAACAAGGCUUACGGGAUUGCUGUAGAUCGAUCCGCAUAGGAAAAAUCCUGAUACAGAGCGAUGAGGAGACUCAAAGGGCAAAAGUAUACUAUGCUAAGUUUCCCCCAGACAUUUACAGGAGGAAAGUUCUUCUUAUGUACCCCAUACUAAGUACUGGUAAUACUGUAAUUGAGGCUGUCAAAGUUCUUAUAGAACACGGCGUGCAACCAAGUGUCAUUAUCCUGCUAAGCCUAUUCUCCACACCGCACGGUGCCAAAUCGAUCAUCCAGGAAUUCCCAGAGAUCACAAUUUUAACUACAGAAGUUCAUCCUGUCGCGCCAACACACUUUGGACAGAAGUAUUUUGGAACGGACUGAGGCACUUGGAACAAAGCGAUAUGACUGUAUGAUAGCACAAACGAGGUUUUUUCUACAUUUUAUUAUUAUUUGUAGCAGAGUUGAUUGAGGGCAUGUUUAAAAAAUCUUUUUGGCCAAAGGGGGAAAUACUUGACCUAGAUUACUUCUGGUUGGUUACUGCCUGAGCACUGAACCAAGUGCAGUAACAAAGCACUCUGAAUCAUUGCAAAGUCAAGCGUCUUCAUGCUGUACUCGUAUAAACUGCUACACUCUCUGCUUUAAUUUAUUUAUUCUUCUAUAGCCUGUUUUGUGGCUGCUUGCAAAAGUGAAAUAAAACAACUAAAUCAUGAA